AUGCUUGCAACGACAACCGUGGCGCUUCCUGAUCUCCCAGGACCGUCGUCUUGUGGCGAGUCGGGCAACUUCACACUGACUUUCGAUGACACAGUCGUCGGUGAUGACAACAGCAUACUGCUUGUUGCCAAUGGCAUGACGAACCCGUACCACCACCUCUUCUAUGCCAACGGAUAUACAUAUAUACCUGACAUGUGGGAGCCAUACCCCGCUAUCUCGCAGCCAAACAUCGCAAUGUUCCUGCCUCUGACCGGGCGCCUCCUUCCAAACACGCCAUUUGCGGGUAUGAUGCUUCCCGGUGAGCUUGGUGCCGGACCACGGGCUUCGGUCGAUGCCUACUGGUUCAACGCGUACUCUGCCUACUUUGGUUGCGCUCUCAGCGGUCUCGAGCCCUGUACACUGCGGAUGUCUGGCUAUCGCUAUGACUCUGUCCUCAAAGAAGAGGUGCUCGUUGCAGAACAGAAUGCGACGAUUCCAGCAUGCUGGGGGUACAUCGACUGCCACCUUACCCAGGUCUUUUUCAACGACCAGUUCCGGGCGCUUUCUGGGAUUCAGUUCAAUGCCUACACAUACCUGUUGGGCAUACCGCAAGUGCACAUGGUGGACGAUCUGCAGAUGGAGUGGUACAACAACACCUGUUCGGCUGGUAUACUACGUAUCGGACACAGCUAG